GUUUGCCCAAACAGCGUAGAAAACGUCCGUAGUGACAAAGGCAGCGAGUCUGAAACCUAUGGGGAAGGAAUAAAAAAAGAAAUUCAGUAUCGUUACACUCACUACCUGAAGACCAUCAUUUCUUGAAGAGCUCACUGGCGCUGGGCCCCCGGUAGACACACCGGAUUUUGACGGCGGCGAGGGCGGAUUUUGAGUCAGCACAGAGCCGCUGAAAUCGCUCGGCGCCGAAGAAGACAGAGGCAACUGGCAGAUUUUCCGUUGGACCGUCAGUAGGCUAGGGUACAGCGAGGGAGCCGCCAUGGCAGUCGGAUCAUUGAGCCUCCACAUUGGGAUAUGAAGAGGAGCUGCAUGUGUCGAUAAGAAUACCCAGCAUUUAUCUUUGAUCCACACCGGAUCACUUGUCUUUUAUGUCUGAUCUCACCCUUGUGCUCUUCUUUGUGACACCAUAUCCGCAUCCAGAAAGAAAUCGCAAGCGGUUUUAAUCGGGGGGGGGCACAGGGAGAGGCCAGAUUCAUGACUAUUUUAGUCGAAGACGUGUCUCCAAAGGCCUGUUGAAAGAAAACGAGGAAUACAAGGAAGAAAUGAUGCUCUGAUUGACUGUUGGUGGGAGAGAACGGUAGUUUAUUAGGCGACACGAACUAGUGUGAAGGAUCGUGGAGAUAAAGGAGUCGCUUUCUGUCUUCAUUCUCUGAGAAUUUUAUUGUUAUUCAAUCACUGUCAUCCUUUUGGAUGAGAAGGUUUGGUAAAUCGAUCAGCCCUGCCAUUUAGCAAGUCACAGCCUCUAAGUCGGGACAAUCGAGGGGAUUGGAUCAUGUCUGGUCGGCCCAGGACUACAUCCUUCGCGGAGAGCUGCAAACCAGUGCCGCAGCCCUCGGCUUUCGGCAGCAUGAAAGUCAGCAGGGACAAGGAUGGCAGCAAGGUAACGACGGUUGUGGCCACUCCAGGCCAAGGUCCCGACCGGCCACAGGAGGUGAGCUACACUGACACCAAGGUCAUCGGCAAUGGCUCCUUCGGUGUCGUCUAUCAGGCCAAACUCUGCGACUCUGGAGAGCUGGUGGCCAUCAAGAAGGUUCUGCAGGACAAGAGGUUUAAGAACCGUGAGCUGCAGAUCAUGAGGAAGUUGGACCACUGCAACAUAGUCCGCCUGCGCUACUUCUUCUAUUCCAGCGGAGAUAAGAAAGAUGAAGUGUAUCUGAAUUUGGUUCUGGACUAUGUUCCCGAGACUGUCUACAGAGUGGCCAGACACUACAGCCGAGCCAAACAGACCCUGCCCAUGGUCUAUGUCAAGUUGUACAUGUACCAGCUGUUCAGGAGCCUGGCCUACAUCCAUUCAUUUGGUAUCUGCCAUCGGGACAUCAAACCCCAGAAUCUGCUGCUGGAUCCAGAGACCGCCGUGCUCAAACUCUGUGACUUUGGCAGUGCUAAGCAGCUGGUCCGUGGAGAGCCUAAUGUGUCCUACAUCUGCUCUCGCUACUACCGAGCCCCUGAGCUCAUCUUUGGUGCCACUGACUACACCUCCAGCAUAGAUGUGUGGUCAGCCGGCUGUGUGCUGGCAGAGCUGUUGCUAGGACAACCAAUCUUCCCUGGCGACAGUGGAGUGGAUCAGUUGGUUGAAAUAAUCAAGGUUCUUGGCACUCCAACCCGAGAGCAGAUCCGAGAGAUGAACCCCAACUACACCGAGUUCAAAUUCCCCCAAAUCAAGGCACAUCCUUGGACUAAGGUGAGUCAACAGGUGUUCCGGCCGCGUACGCCCCCCGAGGCCAUCGCUCUGUGCUCUCGCCUUCUCGAGUAUACGCCCACGGCUCGCCUCACCCCGCUUGAGGCCUGCGCGCACUCCUUCUUUGACGAGCUGCGUGACCCCAAUGUCAAACUGCCCAAUGGGAGAGAGAAGCCUUCACUCUUCAACUUCACCACCCAGGAGCUGUCCAGUAAUCCCUCCCUGGCCUCUAUCCUCAUCCCUGCCCAUGCCCGCAGCCAGGCCUCCGCCUCCACCCCAACCAAUGCCUCUGCCACCACAGAUGGUAGCAGCACAGAGCGAGGCCCCAGCACCACCACCGCGUCUGCCUCUGCUUCCAACUCCACCUCCUGAGCCCCCACACCACCUCCUCUGCCCCGGCCUCAGCCCCAGCCCAUGGCCCCUCCAUCGACCUGGCCAGGGGGUGAGCUCCGCUCCGCUCUGCCCCGUUCUACUCUACCCCCGACAGCAGCGGAGCGAUGCCGACACAGUCGGGGUUCAGCAGCUGGCAAACAGCCCCUCCACACCUCAUCCACAAACCAAACAUCCCCUGUCUGCCUCUUUAUCCCUGACCAGCCCCCUCCAGCUGUUUGAAAUCUACUCCAUCCUCCGAAGAUGUCUCUCUGUGUCCUUAUAGCGGGGAGGCAAAGCACGGGGGCAGAAGAGGGGGGCUGUCUACUGUACUCAUUAUAAAAGUACACUGUACAUGUAUACACAAUGCUAGCCUGCUAAUGUUUGUAAGAGGACAAUCUGUAGAAAAAAGGUCAUGAAGUCCUAAGCUGUUCCUCUUGGCCCUCUCAUAUUUAACUAAUACUAUCUGGCCUUCUCUCUUGUACUCCUCCACGUUGUUCCCUUUUCUGCGUCCUCAUCCCUUGACCUCUGACCCCUGUGUCCCCUGGCCGGACCCCCUGGUUCCUCCUGUAGUGCAUGGCCUGAGUAUGGUUAGGAUCACCCAGGGUCACCCCGCCCCUCAAAGCUCACCUCUCACCUUCACAUUGACCUCCAGUUCCGCAGACUAGGCAUGAGGCUCAUGCACGCGUAUACACGCACUCACACACGCACACAAAAACACACGCACACACUCACAUACAUACAUGCACAUUCUUUUACACGUGGAUGCAUGAUGAUACUGAUGUAUGUGGAAAGACACAGUCCACUUGCGGGGGUUUGGACAGGAUUUGUUCUGUUUGUGUUUUUUUUUUUUUUUUUUUUUUUUCUUGCCCGGGGUUGGUUUUAAAUGGUUAGCAAGCUGUUUUACUCAUCCUUGUUUUGUUUUUUUUUUGUUUUGUUUUGUUUUGUUUUGUUUUGUUUUAUAUUCCUGGGCAAAUGUUUUGGAUUGCCAUGUGCGAUGGAUGUGACAUGUAUCUGGUUCUGUGUGCUUGUAUAAUAUAUAUACAUACAAUACAAAACAUACAUGCAUACAUACAUACACAGUUUAUAUAUUACUUUUCCUUAUGUAUAAAAAGUAUAUAUAGAUAUAUGUAUAUUAACUUCAAUGGUUCAGAAAUCAUUUAUGGUGAGCUCAUAUCUGGCAGAGCAGUGGCAAUAUUUGCUGCUGCCUAAAGACAAUAGAAUUAGGCAAGGUGGUGUUUUUUUUUUUUUUUGUUGUUGUUGUUGUUUUUUCCUUUUUUUCCACUGUCUCUUUGCUGGAGUGUGGUUAGAUUCCAGCAGCCACUUCCCCAUUCUGCAUUUUCCAUAAAAGCAGUAGGUAGAUUUAGAGCAUCGCUCUAUUCCCCAUCUUGGUUUUGACUCUGACAGUGCAGCGUCUAGGGAUACGUCUUCCCCUGUCUGCAUCUCCCUCUCUCUGUCUCAGUGAAAAAAUCCAAGGUAUUUCACACACUUUUCUUCCCACGACUCCCUGAAGUCCUUAGUGUGGUCUUGUUCAGGGGAAACUGCUCUCGCGUAGCUGUCUCCUGUCACCGCCGACUGUCUCAUGUUACUAUGACCACUGACUUAACUGUUAGUCUAGCGUUCUUUCUCUUCAUCUGCUGCACAUAGAGCCACUCGGUACAGUCCGUCAAAGCAUCUUAUUUACAGAGAAUACUUGCUACAUUUAAAGGAUAAAAAAAAGAAGAAAAAGGAAAAAAAAAAAAAAAAAACGAGCAGAAUUUGUAUAUACAGUAUAAAUGCUCCUCACCAAAAUCCUGACUUGUAUGUUGUUUUUUUAUGUUGUUUGAUUAUCUAUUUUUUCCAUGUUGUGUUCAAGGUAUGUAUAUAUGCAGACCCAUGUACUGUUUAUGAGCAAAAACAAAGAUGAUGAAGGGUGGGGAAAGAAAUGAAAAAGAUACAAAAAAAAAAAUAAUCAGGGCAAAACUGAUGUUGUUUAUGGAUAUUGUAGAUGAUGAUGAGCUUUAUCCAGCCAUAUAGUUCAAUCUUACCUGUACAGUACAGUAGAUGACAGCUGUAUUAUUGUAACAAGAACUAGUCAUGUAUAGUGUAACUAUAGUUUGGAGUGCCUUUGCUUUCAUACACCUUCGCCUUGUUUCCCCCCUCACCCAGCCCCUGCCAUCACUCUCCCCUACAUUGUGCUCUCCCUUUGGUGCUGUUGAAUGUCCUACUGUCCCACAAUGCACUCUCUCUCUCACACACACACACACACACACACACCCCUACUCUUCCUCCUGAAUGAUUUUCAGUCCCUUCCACGCUCACCACCUUCCCAUUUCAUGGCAAAUUUAAUGUUAAUGUAACAUACAGACAUUGUUAAUUGUAAGGAUAUUUUCCUUAAUCGAAGAUACAGUAGAUAAGUGUUUAUUUUGAUAGAUGUUUAAGGUUUUAUCUUGGACAGACAUACACACAUACAUGCACAAACACAGAUAAACACACAUACGACAGUCCUGGCAUUGAAUCCAGGGCAUGAAGCGGGAAUGGGGGAGGUCGCGGGGGGGUCAAAAAGUCCUUAUAUACAGUACAGUAUGUUUCUGUAUUACUCACAGUGUUGGUUCUGGUACCAAAGCCAAACUAUGAUGUAGAUGUUGUGAUGAGCCAUCCUCAGAGGCAAUAAUGUAUCCUCUUUCUCUUGCUCUCUCUCUAUCUCUCUGUCUCUCUCUGGAUAUUUUGUUGUUUCUCUGUCCUUUUGCUUGUUCUCUACUUCUUCCCUGUCUGUUAUAUGGGGGUGGGGGGGUAUUCAGUAGCACCUAAGGGGUCGAGUCAUGUAGCCUCUUUCUUGUCCUGCUUGCUGUAAUUUCUGCAUUCAUGAACGUGUUGCUACCCAGCCACCAGGCCUGUAAACAAAGUUUGACCACUUUACCUUGCCCCUAACUUCAGUUUAAUAAAAACACCACAAAUGUUACCAAAAAAAGACAAGCAAGGAUAGUGGACCAAUAUAUAUAAUACAUAUAUAAUUAUUAGUCCACUAUCACACCCGCACUCUUGUUGCAGAAGAAUAUGCUAACUGGGUUUAAAGAAAAGAAAAAGAAAAUACUACAAAAAACAUCCUGUAUAACAGUACUACUACUUGAAUGCCUCUGUUUGUGACUGAAAUUUUUAUUUCAUUUGAUUUUUUUUCUUUUGUUUUUGUUCUGUGAAGGUAUGCUAAAUGUGCGCCUCUCUGUAAAUAUUCCCUCUGCGUGCUCUGAGGAAUAGUUCCCUGGUACUGUAAUUUGCAUUAAAUAAAGAGUAGGAUAGCCUGGAAAUAAUCAA